AUGGAUAUAACCAACAAAUAGUCUGAUGUGAAGUGUGUUAUCUGCUUAAGCUUAGCUUCCAACUAAGUACACUUAGAUUCAUGUAACCAUUUAUUCUGUUUUACAUGUAUUAAUAAAUGGUCUCAAAAAAGUCAUUAAUGCCCAUAAUGUAGAGCAAUAUUUUCUUGUUUUUAUGAAUUCAAAAAUGAUCCGAAAAUUCAUAUAAAAAAGCAUGAAGCACCCAAAAUUAUUAAUAAUUCUGAAGAUUAACGCCUUAUGGCUUUAGCUGAUAUUGAUAAUACUUACUAUGAUUUAAUUUUACAAUAAAUAGAUUUUAUUUGAAUUAUUAUAAUUUGUUAGGAAAUAAAAUAUAUUUCAUAAAUCAAUAAGU